AAUCAAUUAUGAUUCAUGAAAAAUUCUCUUUCAGGCUUUGAGAUCUGCUGCGGAGAACACUCCCAGCGACCGGCCGUUCAUGUCGGCUACUUCAUAGGAACUGUUGCCCUUCCUAGCGACGAUGACGCACGGCUUGUACUGCGGGCCUAACUUCGCGUUGAAGUUUUUACCUGCUUCGGACAAAGUGAAACUACGCUUGAAAACUCGCUGUCCGACAGUAAAUGUAGGUUUUCUUUGACGAGGUCGAAGUUCUUUUUGCUGAUACCCUUCAGCAUUUCAGCACGAUCAUCCCCUGAGAGCUCACUCUCUGCCUCUCUGCGAUGGUCCGAACCACGGGUGACCAUCUCGUGCCCGAAGAUGAUUCUAUGAGCUUCGUCGAUCGCAUCGAUAUGUUGAGAUACCGUAGGACGGAUCCCGAAAGCCUGCCAGAAAUCGUAGCCGAGAAUGCAGCGACGACUCAGAUUUGGAGCGACCAGAACUGGUAUCGUGUUCACAUUGGCUGCCAGCAUCGCGAUCCUACAGUCUUCACGAGUGUUCCGGAAAAGGACGUCAAACUUUCGUUUUUCGUCCCAGGGGCUCGACAUGCUGCGGAAGAUCCGGACCAUGUCCAAGUAAAAGUCCUGGAACUUCUCUCUGGGACCCUGCUUCCGGUUAUUCGCCUGCCGUUCAUAGACAUAGUCAAUGUCGACCGAUGGCUACGCAGUGUCCGCUCAGCUGCGCUACGAGAGACGUCCAGAGGAAUGUCCCUGAUUUUCAUCUCGUGCUCCAGCUCAUCGAGGGUGAGAUGCCCAGGAUUCAUCGCGUGGUACCACGCCACGAACUGGGGCAUAGCCAUCUCUUCGAAUGCCAUUCCACAAAGAAAAUCAGAAUAAAAUUUAAAAAGAAACUAAAACGGUGUUCAAGUGGGGUCUCCACUGAACCAAA